GUCGUCACAGAGGAACCAGGCAAAAUUUCGGGCAGGGCUUGGCUAGGAGCCCUGUAACGGUCCGUUCCUUGCUUGGAGGCCGCCACCAACACCAAACCCCGGCACCCACAGGCGAUACAAGGCCAUGACAACAGCGCAUCGGAAAACGGCCACUCCUCGUAGUUCACAAUGGCAGCCAACCCAGCCUCCUCUCCAGCCGAAGAGGCAAGGGUGCCAGUGCUCGCCCUGUUGUGUUUCCUGGUAGCGCGUGGUCGGUGUUUUGGAGGCGGUUUGAGCUGGCGCCGUGUACCCAUCUGCCUGCGGGCAGGGAACGCAACUUUCCGUCGUUUGUGUGAUGGCAUAUCUUCAUCGCCGCCUUCAGCCUUUCCUUCUCCGAUAGAACCUUUUUGGCCGGGGAAGAACGAUGACUGCGCAUGCUACCAAGUGCCGUGUGGUUUCGCAAUUGCGUCUGCCCUUCCUCACCGUCAAAAUCGGCGCCAUUAGGCUGGCUCGCCCAAGGGUUGAUAUUCCGAGGCUCCCCGGCGCAGGUCUGACCGCUCUGAGACCGCUCUGAGACAAGGCGUACAUGAAAUCA